AUGCUCAUUUGGAUCUGUAUUACCCUGCUCCUCCUUCUCCCAAUGCUUCCUUACCCCAUCUACUGGCGUGUGAUAAACAACGACUGUGAUCCGCUUGACAGCAACGCCUUCUAUGUCACAACCCUAAACGAUCUCAUCAUCUGGGGCAUCAUACCCCUGAUGGGUAUGACAAUUUCAACCAUUGUCAUCUGCUGGAAUAUGACCCAGGCGGCGAAAAAUCUCUCGGGGCAAUAUGGUCUAAAAACAGUAGAAAAGCCAUGGGCUAACUCCGAAAGCACUGUUGGCAGGCCCAGGCGGCUGACACGCACAUCGAUAACAAGCACAUCAAGUGGAGCUUUUUACUCGACGAAACUCCGACGGAAUACCCUUAACAGUCCUUUCUUCAUACAGAAACCACAGGACCCACUGCAGAGACGUGUUCCUGCCCCAAGGACCUCAAUACCUUCAGUCGCUUAUAAUAGCUUUACGGGUAACCUACGGCGGGUUAGCCCUGGUACAGUUCAAGACUCCAUUUGGAGCAGCACUGUCGAGUUAAACAAAUCGGGCAGUACACGACCAGUCGAUGCUCACAGCGUUCGGCACAAUGCCAAGGAUAAUACAGGCCAGGUCACUCGCUUGCUGGUGUGCAUGAACAUAUGUUACCUGGCCAGCACGUUUCCUCUACUCACAUUUCUCAUGUUUCGCAACUUUAGCAGCGUCCACGUGCCACCUGAUAUCCACCGAUUUGCGUACUACCUCUGUCGCAGUUUCUGCUUCAUCAACUCCUGUACAAAUUGGAUUUUUUACUGUCUUGUGGGGAAGCGCUUUCGUCAGCAAGCUAAGCGGAUCAUGCUCGUCUGUCUCAAGGCCAGUCGAUUUCGUUCGGAAGACACUACUGAGGUGCAGAGGAUACCACCGAAUUAUCCACCCCAGGGGAAUACAAUUGAGCAGGAGGACAAAGAUGGAGACACAUUGCUGAAACAGCCAUCUGAGGAAACAAAAUAUCAAAGAAACAAUUCUGCUGUGCACGAUAUGAAACACAUUAUGACCGGUAUUCCAAACCGAUGA